AUGGAGUACCUAUUCGAAAAAUUAGCGGAGCCGGGAGUGAAGCUUCACAAAGGAAGAACCGAUGAUCAAAAACGAGGAAAACGCGUUUUUUCUUCGUUCGGGAAGAUUCCUUCUCGACUUGGAGAAUUGGGAAUUGUUAAGUUGGACGGGAAGAAGUUUGAAGUUGCGACGGAGAAUGUUAUAAAGCUGAUUCCAAGGGAAAUUCAACUUCCGAAAGCGGAGGAAAAUGGGAGCAGGAAAGUGAAAGUUUUCGUCCAGCCGGAUUCGUGGAUCAGGGCGAAGGUCAUUUCAGAUAUCUACAGGUUUUCCUUCAAUUCCGUUCUUCUCGUUUCUGGUUCUUAUACGUCAGAAGGGUCAAUCUUUACUUCUUUCACCGAAGAAUCGCCAGCAGAAGAUUCUCAAGCGGAUACGAUUCUAGCGCCGCUAGACGCCAAAGUCGAAGAGGCCAAAGAAAGAAUCUUCUACGCACCAUGUUCUUCGGAAAAACUGGAAACGAAUGUGAAAAACCGAGUUCAAGAAAUUCUCGAAUUUCGGGAAGAAAGUUCUCAGAAGAAUUUCGACGCAGAGGUCGAAUGUCUCAUUCGACUGGCGAUUUUGCGGGUGAGGUUGUCGAAGAAAGUCGAAGAGAAACCGGACUUGAUGCAGUUGGAGUUUUUGUUGUAUCAAUAUGCAAGGGCGAGGCAUGUGCUGGCGACGAUGGAGAAUGAGUUGGAGACGGAAGUGGAUAAAGAGAAACAAGACUUGGAAAGGAAAGUUGAUUGGAAGGAGAUUCAUGAGUUUGAGGAAGAAUUGGCUCUUAGCAUUUCAACAGCUGAUUUCGCGGUCAAAAGAUUCAUCGAAGCUCGGGACAUCUGCCUUUGUUCCGGCUUCGUCGAUCAAAUAAUCCGCUUUUCCCGUUCCUUUUCGAAGUUUUAUUCGAAAUGCCGCGUCUUACCUGGCUGUUCAGGCUUCCACGGGGACAAAUUUGAACUGAUAGACGAUGCAAAGGAAGAAUCUUUACGAAGACUUUUGUUAGUUGAAAUGUUUGUGGACAGAAUGGACACUAUGUUUUCACUGCUUGGCGUUUCGCCCCUCCACUCAAUAAAGUCAUGCAGCGGUCGUUGGCAAUCGCAGGAACGGCCUGCUUGA